AUGGCAACGGAUGCCACCAGGAGCCAAGCCCAGACAGCCUUGACUUUGGCGGAGCAGAUCCUGGCAGAGUUCCAGCUGCAGGAAGAAGACCUAAAGAAGGUGAUGAGGAGGAUGCAAAAAGAGAUGGAUCGGGGUCUGAGACUGGAGACUCAUGAGGAGGCCAGCGUGAAGAUGCUGCCCACCUACGUGCGUUCCACCCCAGAAGGCUCAGAAGUUGGAGACUUCCUUUCCCUGGAUCUGGGUGGCACCAACUUCAGGGUGAUGCUGGUGAAAGUGGGGGAAGGGGAAGCAGGGCAGUGGAGUGUGAAGACCAAACACCAGAUGUACUCCAUCCCUGAAGACGCCAUGACAGGCACUGCAGAGAUGCUCUUUGACUAUAUCUCCGAGUGCAUCUCUGACUUCUUGGACAAGCAUCAAAUGAAGCACAAGAAACUGCCCCUGGGCUUCACCUUCUCCUUUCCUGUGAGGCACGAAGACAUCGACAAGGGCAUCCUCCUCAACUGGACCAAGGGCUUCAAGGCCUCUGGAGCAGAAGGGAACAAUAUCGUGGGGCUUCUGAGAGACGCCAUCAAGAGGAGAGGGGACUUUGAGAUGGACGUGGUGGCAAUGGUGAACGAUACAGUGGCCACAAUGAUCUCCUGCUACUAUGAAGACCGCCAGUGUGAGGUCGGCAUGAUUGUGGGCACUGGCUGCAAUGCCUGCUACAUGGAGGAGAUGCAGAAUGUGGAGCUGGUGGAAGGAGACGAGGGUCGCAUGUGUGUCAACACUGAAUGGGGUGCCUUUGGGGACUCAGGCGAGCUGGAUGAGUUCCUGCUGGAGUAUGACCGCAUGGUGGAUGAAAGCUCAAUGAAUCCCGGUCAGCAGCUGUACGAAAAGCUCAUUGGCGGGAAGUACAUGGGCGAGCUGGUGCGGCUGGUGCUGCUCAAGCUAGUGGAUGAGAACCUGCUGUUCCACGGGGAGGCCUCGGAGCAGCUGCGCACGCGCGGCGCCUUCGAGACCCGAUUUGUGUCCCAGGUGGAGAGUGACCUGGGGGACCGCAAGCAGAUCCACAACAUCCUAAGCACGCUGGGGCUGCGGCCGUCCGCCACCGACUGCGACAUCGUGCGCCGGGCCUGCGAGAGCGUGUCCACGCGCGCCGCGCACAUGUGCUCGGCGGGGCUGGCGGGCGUCAUCAACCGCAUGCGCGAGAGCCGCAGCGAGGACGUGAUGCGCAUCACGGUGGGCGUGGACGGCUCGGUGUACAAGCUGCACCCAAGCUUCAAGGAGCGGUUUCACGCCAGCGUGCGCAGGUUGACGCCCAGCUGCGAGAUCACCUUCAUCGAGUCAGAGGAAGGCAGCGGCAGGGGCGCGGCCCUAGUCUCGGCGGUGGCCUGUAAGAAGGCUUGCAUGCUGGGCCAGUGAGAGAGGAGCUG